AGCUGCUGAAAGGAGAGAUUUCACUGGAUUAUUAUAAAACAGGAUUCGGAUUAAACUCUGCAUUACUACAGGAUGCAACAUUGCCCAUCUGAGUAUGAGGUGGGCGAGGGUAAAGACCCAGCCGCCCUCUUUGUUACUGGCGGAAAUGACCAUUUGAUCGCAGGUAACUCCAGUUUUGCCAGGCAGGGUCGGAACUGACGUUCACUGUCAGCAGAGCAUCAGGGACAGCUAGACUUCCGCAUCGGCACACAAUGGAGAGAGUGCGAGAGCCUCAAAACACCCAGAGCCAGAGGCACAGGUAGCAGCUAGCAGGUGAGCCUUGCACUGCUCAGCCUCAGCUCCAGGUGAGUGCCUCCCUCCUGCUGCAGGAGCGCCCUCAGCCUGCCAGGACUUCAGCUCUGCCCCGACUGACGGACUGACACUCGAGAAAGGAACAGAACUUGCCAUUGAUCGACCUCAAUGCAGAAAUCAAAGCAGGUUCGAAGGCUCAGUGCCAAACCUCAUUGUUGCUGGCAGUGGAGAUCAGGGUGAAUUGAGAUUAGGAAGAACUGGACCCUGAACAGAACAGAGAAUGGAGGUGACAGAGUGAUCAGAUCUGAUGCAGAAUCUGAAGUGGAAGUUGUCACCAUGGAGAGUCAUGAUGGGGACCCUAUUGCCAACCUGUUUGUGCCUUUCGAUAGUAACCAUUUGGUUACCGGUAGUUACAAGGAAUGGAUUUGCCAAGGCCUUGCAGAUUGGGACUUUAGCAUUGAGUCCUGAAGCUGACAAUCUGAGGACACAAACUAAUGACGCUAAUGUGGGCAGGAAUGGGGUGUCAGACACAGAAGGGGGAACCUUAACAUGGGCUGUGCACUUAACACCUGCCGAUGGACCAAACGGCCAUGACGCACCGUCACUGGGUGAACUUGCAGAUGAGCUUGCCCGGGCCACAGGUCUCGAGAACAGGGGCCAGAUUGGAGAGUUGGCUGGCCACUAUCUCUUUGCUCUUCCGCUGCACAGACGGAGCAACCGUGACCUCGAGGAGACUCACAGCAUUCGGAAAUCCACUGAAGCUGUGUUUGCCCAACACAACAACAUCAGAUGGCAUGCCGAGCAGAAACUGUUGAAACGCUCCAAACGCGGCUUGCACUUCAACGACCCAAAGUACCCUUUCCAGUGGCAUCUGCACAAUCGGAGAAAGCAUGGGAUGGAUAUUAACGUGACAGGAGUGUGGGAGCGCAAUGUGACGGGCGAGGGAGUGACAGUGGUGGUCGUUGAUGAUGGUGUUGAAUACACUGUACAAGACAUACAAGCAAACUAUUCUCCUGAAGGGAGUUACGAUCUGAACUCCAAUGACCCCGAUCCCAUGCCUCAUCCUGAUGAACACAGUGAUAACCAUCAUGGGACACGAUGCGCAGGUGAAAUUGCAGCAGCCCCAAACAAUUUCUGUGCAGUUGGCGUUGCCUAUGGAAGUCGCAUAGCAGGUAUCCGAGUGUUGGACGGACCCCUGACUGACAGCAUGGAGGCCAUUGCAUUUAACAAGCAUUUUCAGAUCAAUGAUAUUUACAGCUGCAGUUGGGGUCCUGACGAUGAUGGCAAGACAGUGGAUGGCCCUCACCCACUUGGGAAGGCUGCGUUACAGCAUGGAGUGAUGGUUGGUCGCCGUGGCUUUGGGAGUAUUUUCGUGGUAGCCAGUGGAAACGGAGGCCAGUAUGAGGACAACUGCAACUACGAUGGUUAUGCGAACUCCAUCUACACCAUCACCAUCGGGGCAGUCGAUGAAGAAGGACGCAUGCCAUUCUAUGCAGAGGAGUGUGCCUCCAUGUUAGCGGUCACCUUCAGCAGUGGCGACAAAAUGAUGAGAAGCAUUGUGACCUCUGACUGGGAUAUGCAAGAGGGGACCGGCUGUACAGAGGGCCACACGGGGACCUCGGCUGCUGCACCACUUGCUGCAGGAAUGAUUGCACUGAUGCUUCAGGUUCGCCCGUGUCUGACUUGGAGGGACGUUCAGCACAUCAUUGUCUUCACAUCUACACGGUUUGAUGACCGCAUCGCUGGUUGGCAAGUGAAUGGUGCCGGAUUCAGCCAUAGUCACCAGCAUGGUUUCGGGUUGCUUAAUGCCUGGCGGAUGGUUAAUGCUGCAAAGGUCUGGGAAUCUGUGCCGUUCCUCAGCUCUUACACUAGUCCUCUUGAGGAAGAGGCCAAGUUCAUUCCCUUUCACCCCAACAAGCUGGAAAUUUCAUGGAAUGUAACCGCUGAUGACUUGCACUUGUCUGGCAUGAAGACCCUGGAACAUGUGGCAGUGACGGUGACCAUAGCACAUCCUGCUCGGGGCUCUCUAGAACUGAAACUGUACUGCCCCAGUGGGAUGUCUUCACUCAUCGGAGCAAAACGUAUCAUGGACACGGAUUCCUCUGGCUUCACUGACUGGAUGUAUUCUACUGUGCGAUGCUGGGGUGAGAGGGCAGAAGGCAUCUACAAGCUGGUUAUUUGUGAUUUAGGUGAGAACACUCAGCAGAAGGGUUUCCUCAAACAAUGGCAGCUCACACUAUAUGGCUCUUCCUGGUCAUUUGAUGAUGUCAGGCAGCGACGGAGGGUUGUUGAAGAAGCUAUGAGUGGACAAUUCCUGAAUGACAGUUACUCAUUGCCCUGUCCCCCUGGAUUAGAGAUCUCUGAUCAAGAAUGGAAUUACAUGACACCAAAUACACUGAAGAUGCUGCUGCUACUGGGCUGUUUCACCAUCUUCUGGUCUAUUUAUUACACACUGGAAGUUAUCUUCUACUCCAGGAAGGAGUUUGAGUUCAGCUUGCUGUGUAAUACCUCUACCCAUGGACCUUAUCAAACUUUGCGUGAAGCUGAAAAGCAUGCAUCUGAAUUAAUACCACUCCAAAGUGUGGACACAAAUGAGGCAGGGGAUCAACAGAUGUCGAACAUCGAGGAAGCCAACCCGGAUAAAAUGGGAGAUGAGAAAGAUCUAAUCUCAAAUUAUGAGAAGCGAAGUGUAGCCACAACAGUAACUGAGGCUAGGCAGACCAGGGAUCAAUCUAUUCCAAACCAUCGAAUGGGACACAGGAACAGCGAGAGCUCUUCUCUGCUUUUCUCCUUUGACAAUGAAAUGACGUAAUGUUGAAUUCAGUGUGGAUGUACUUGCAUAGGAGAAAAUGAAAUGGCAUCAAAUCUUGCGUGAAUUAGUAAUUGGGAAAUGGCAACCGUGCAGGUCUACCCCAUGUAAGCAGAUUGGACCUGGAUAGGCAACUUCCACAUCAACCCUGCCUCCCAGACAAUAAUUUCUUCCUCAGGGUCAUGGCAUGUUUGCAUCCCUGGUGAUUGCAGAACUGUAACUGGUCAGCAGUAGAUCUUUAGUCUGCAGACACACUGCAUACAUACCUCUCUCUCUCUCGCUCUCUUUCUCCUGGCAGCUACCUGGGCUACAGUCUGCUUGCCAAUCCAUAAUGUCAAUGGAGAACUAUCCAUACUUCAUUAUUAUAGCAUUUGCCACUGCUGUCAAGGUAUUUUUCUGCUACUUGGAUUCUUUUCACUUGCCUUUAAGAUGAGUGGCUUUAGAAGAGCCACAAUUGGCUUCAGCACUGCCUGGCUUAGAAGAGCAAAAAAAAAUCAUCCAGACUUCCUGCUGUUGAUUAUUUUACAGUGACCAAUGCUGGAAAGUAUAUGGGUGCUGAGAUGGGAUGGGGACAGCAUCAGACGAUUCCACAUAUGAUACUGGCUGGAGAACAUCUCUAGGCUCGGGGACUAAGGGAGAUAAGGACCAUUGAGCUUCCAUUGGCCAUCACCAAGCGUACUCCACUUUCAGCCGAGAAAAGCCAUCUAAGCUGAUGAACACAGCAUCUGGUAGUUCUCACAGGAAGGCUGUCCAAAGCGAGAGCCAGCAAAAUUCAUCACAACUGUGGCAUGCAGACUGGAGUGGCAGACAGCUAGCUUACUGCUGUUCCAUCAGCUACCACUUGAGUUAUAGCCAGGUUUUUUUUGAGAAAAAUGUCAGUUUAACAAUGUCUUUUCUUGGAAGAAGAACAAGAGAGAGAAACACCUAUAACUUUAAUAAGUUGAACCCUGUACUAGUUUUUGUUUUUAGUUUUCAAAAAUGCUUUGGUUGAUCUAUAAAAAUGGUACUGAUGGUAAAAUUUGGCUCCAGUUUUUUAUAUGUGUAUGUAUGUAUAUAUAUAUAUAUAUAAAUAUAUAUAUAAAAUACAUAUAUAUUUUAUAUAUAUAUUAUAAAACAUUUUGACAUGAUUCACUUGUAUAUGCAGAUGUCUCUAUGAAUAAUUAUGUCUUUGCUUGUGCUACUUGGAGGUGCUGCAAGAUAUUUGGAUGGAAAAUAAAUUAUUUUGCUGUGAAUCUUUCAUGCUUUUGUUUUGAAAAUUGACUUCCAGAAAGAAGCAAAGUUUUAUCCCUUUGGUUCUGUAAUGUUGCUGCCAAAUUGUAUGGUAUUAGCCAUAAUACUGUGACAGAAACUAAAGGCAAUAAAGUUUAU